AUGACGUACGCAUCAUCUUGGCUUCCUCUUGUGAGGGCUUCAGCUGUUGCUUGGGCUCCAUUAGUUAAAAACAAGCUUCCCAACCUCUCAUUCAAGGAAAACCGUGGGCUGACGGAUGAUAAAAAAGUUGUUAUUAAUGUGAGCGGGCAAAAAUUUGAAACAUGGAAAUCUACUUUAGAAAGAUUUCCGGACACACUGUUGGGUUCUGAAGAAAGAAAAUAUUUUAAAGAGUCUUCUGGUUCUGAGUAUUUUUUUGAUCGGGAUCCUGAACUAUUUCGCUAUAUUUUGGCCUAUUACAGAACCGGAAAACUUCAUUUUCCAAAAAAUGAAUGUGUUUCAACCUAUGAUGACGAGUUGUCUUUCUUUGGAAUUAUGCCAGAUAUUAUGGGCGAUUGCUGUUAUGAGGAAUAUCGUGAUAGAAAAAGAGAGAAUGCUGAGCGCCUUAUUGAAGACAAAGAAGAUAAGGAAGAGCAAGAACUACCAGAUACAAAUAUCAGGGAGAAUUUAUGGCGGGCAUUUGAAAAUCCACAAACUUCAACUCUCUCUGUUGUGCUCUACUAUGUAACUGGUUUUUUCAUAGCUAUAUCUGUUUUGGCUAACCUAGCAGAAACUGUGCCAUGUGGUCUUAUUCUUGAAACAGGAAAAAAUCCUACGUGUGGUGAUCGUUUUGAAGACGCAUUCUUUUGCUUAGAUACUGGAUGUGUAAUAAUCUUCACACUAGAAUAUAUUGCUCGAUUGUAUGCAGCACCAGACAGAUGCAAACUUUCAAGAUCCGUUAUGUCUGUGAUUGAUGUCGUCGCUGUUCUGCCUUAUUACAUUGGACUUUUUAUGCCUGACAACAAAAAUCUUUCUGGUGCUUUCACGACUCUAAGAGUAUUUAGGGUAUUCAGGAUAUUUAAAUUCUCUCGUCAUAGUCAAGGCCUACGCAUUCUUGGAUACACUCUUAAAUCAUGUGCUUCAGAACUUGGCUUUCUAUUAUUUAGCAUUACCAUGGCGGUAAUAAUAUUUGCAACAAUAAUGUAUUACGCUGAAAAAUCCGACGAUUCUCAAUUUACAAGCAUUCCUGCCGCUUUCUGGUAUACAAUUGUGACAAUGACUACUUUAGGGUAA